AAAAGAACCAUUUUAUUUAAAGCAGCAGAAACAACAAGUUUUUUUUAGGGAUCCAGCACAAAACACAGAAAACCCGUCACGAAAACAAAACCACCAAACCCCAAACAGAAUGAGUGCUAAAGUUUUAUUCGCCUGCUCCAAGUGUUUCUCGCGCCAUCCGUACGAGGAGCUCUCCUCCGGCCAGCAACUAUGCAAGGGCUGCCGCGGUUCUACCUCAGUUGGUAAAUGUACUUACUGCCGAUCGGAGUUUCAACCCGCCACCAAAUCACAGAGUGCCUGCAAGAAGUGCGAACAUUAUCUGGGGAAGUACGGCAAGCCCAGUGCCUGCGAGUGCUGCAAGAUUGUGGCCGCCUUCGGUGGAUCCAAGUGCAUGCGAUGCGCCAGCUACGAGGCAAAGUACGGACCGCCGGUGCAGUGCGAUGAAUGCAAGCUGCGAUCAGCCUUUGACAGGCGCGACGAGAACAAAAAGGUCAAUGGAAAAUUGCUUUGCUGGCUGUGUGCCUGCGCUUACAAGCGAGCUCUAUUCAAGGCCCAGCAGGAGGGCCGUAUACCGAUGUCCAAGAAAAGGCCACACGAGAAGACCUCGUCCUCGCACAGAGACAGCGCUGCAGCCAAGAAGCCUUCGCGCAGCGAGCUGGGCAAGAGUGGCAGUGGUGCGAAUAAUUCCGGUGUGAAUGCCGUGAGCGGAGCUGGAUUGGAUCUGCCUGACAAGAUCUCACGAGGAAAUGGUGGGAAUGGGACCAUAGCAGCGCCUGCUGCCAUCACCGUGGACACCAAUUCUUCGGAUCAUGUGGUUGCUAUUACAUACCUAAAGGAGCGCAUCGCCAGCCUGGAGAAGCGCCUGAAUCAAAAAGACAAAGAGCUGCUCGAAAAAGACAAGCAGCUAACCGAACUGAAGGGCAAGAACUUUGAGAAGGAGAACGACAUGCGCAACCGGCUGAAGGAGGUGGAGCGUCUGCACGACAUGAAGGUGGACAACUUGAACCGCAAGAUCGCCAGUGUGCUCAAAGAGUUGGCCGUCCUUAAGAAGAGCAGCAACAAAAAGACCGCUGCCAUCAGCAAGGCCGAAAAGGAGGUCAUCAAGCGUGAGAACUUAUCGCCCAAGGAGGAAAUCCUGGCGUCAGCGGGGCCGGAAAAACAGACCAAGGCCUCAUCGGAGCCAGCCGAUCUCGACAAGGACGAGAAGAGUCGCGAUCGGGAGGAGGAACGCAGCGAACAGGAGGACAGGGCCAGUGUGCGUUCACGAUCCGCAUCCAGCAGCCCCACGCCCUCGUCCAACUGAGAGACGUUGACUUCCAGCUGCUGGAGCGGCAUGCCAGGAUGCACGAUCCAUGAAGUCUGGCUGCCGCGCCCUUUUAGUUUUUCGCUAUACAAAUUUAUAUUUUUGUACUUCUGCUUUAAUUGUAAUAUAGUUUUACAAGUUUGUUUCAUAUCACUCUUUUUAUGUCGCUCAUCCCUGCCGCGCGAACCCUGUUCUAAAUCCUUCCUUCCAAAUGUAACCCAAUCAUCAGUUAGAAAAUGUAAUUCGAUAGGCUCAACUUAACGAAUUCUUCUUUAGUUUAAUUCACGAUGGAACAACACAAAACCGAAGCAUUGUUUACAUCUUAAGAAAUAUACAAAGUUGGGAAAGAACCAAAUGGUA